AUGACUGCUGUGGCAUCUCCGCCUAGUGUGCAAUCGGGGUCUCGCUUGGGAUGGUAUAGCACUGGCAACGGAGGACAAGGAGCCCUCUCAUCAGUGAAUGCGGAAGAAGUGUCACGGAUGUUCAUGCCUCGGAAACACGUUCAGCGGUCCAACUCUUCGUCCUCGUUAAACUCAAACUCGUCGACCACCACGGUGAUAGAGACGAACGGCUCUCGAGAUACGCACACUGCACAGAGCUCUAACUCUGAAACGGGUACUUGGUCAUCAAAGAAGAAGCCUAGUAGGAAUCCUUGGCCAACCUCAAAGGCCGAACCUAUCGCGGGAGUGACGAAUACACGCUCCCAGGCUGUUCCUGCUUUUUCAUCUGGACCGACCGCCUCGUCGACUAUGUCCGCCAUGCAUCAGCCUUCGAAUAUUGUUCCCUCGCAGCACAUGCUGCAAUCUCCUCAACAAAAUGGCGUAAGACAAACGAACGGGCAGUCUGCAGAACCUCCUGCAAUUUUAGCCCUUACUCCUAUGAACGGUACUUUUGAAAAGAAACAAAUCAAUGUGCCAUUCUACCCGGAAGUGCUGCGGAUUGGUCGUCAAACCAAUGCGAAGACUGUACCCACUCCAGUCAAUGGGUUCUUUGAUUCCAAAGUUCUCUCUCGCCAGCACGCUGAGAUCUGGGCCGAUAAGGCCGGUAAGAUUUGGAUUCGUGAUGUCAAGUCCUCAAACGGCACAUUUGUGAACGGCCACCGGUUAUCGCUUGAGAACCGCGAGUCUGAGCCUCACGAGCUACGGGAGAAUGAUACCUUGGAACUGGGAAUUGAUAUUGUUAGUGAAGAUCAAAACACCAUUGUUCACCAUAAGGUUUCUGCAAAGGUCGAGCAUGCGGGUCUUUAUGGAACAACGCCCAAUAUCCUGGACCUUAACUUUGGAGACUUGGAUCCUGCCUCAGGCGGGGGGCUACUGCCUUCACCUCUAAGCCAACCGCUCUCUCACCUACGAGGACGCUCUGGUAGUAAUGCGAGCAAUCGCAGUGUUCAAAGCAACGCUACCAAUCACAUCAACGCCAUGCACCAACAGCGCCAGAUGAACUACUGGAACUCUCCCAUCUCCGUUGAGCAGGUCGUCAAACGACUCACUAGCGAGCUGAAACAAGCCAAGCAACAAUCUCAAGACCUUCGCCAAACUGAUGAAUUCUUGACUGCCAUCAUGAAACCCGGCUACGCUGAGAAGGAAAAGGCCAACAAGCCUUCUCCUCUCGAGAGCAGUGGCCCUCGCCAGUUGAACGGUCGCCCGAAAAUGCCACGCGUUGACUCCUUCUCCCGAUUCUCCGAGCCUCCUGCUCCCCCUCCCCAGCAACCUCUUCCAGAGAAGCCGGAUGCGCCUCCACGCGGUGGACCGGAUGCCUUCUCGCCCUUGAAGCGCAGCGAUACGGACAAGCCGAAAUCGGCGUCAACGAGCUCUCCCGUUUCUCGGGACUCUAGCCAGAUUCUUGCCCUCCUUGAGAGUCUGUCCACAACCAAGCGGGAACUUGAGACGCAAGGAACUCGGAUCAAAGAGCUUGAAGAUCUUCUUCGCCAGGAAAAGGCCGCUCGUGAGUCUGCAGAAGAGAAGGUCAAGAAACUGGAAAUGAACUCUCUGUCAGAGACGUUGGACGCUGUGGAUGUUCCAGCCGAGCGUGACGUGGAUGCCGCUUUGAGUCACGAAUUGCCUGUCGACCAAGAGCAUGACGGGCUUGAGGCAAAUGUGGAGACCAACGGAUCCGUUCCAUCAUCGGAGGCUCCCGUGGCCUCUGAUCCUGAGAAGGCAGAGCUUUCUACCGAGGCACAACUCCAGCGUCGCCUCGAAUCAGUGAUGCAGCAGAUGGAUGAGAUGAGCAAGCAGGUGGCAUCUUUCAAGGAGCGCGCAGAAAAGGCCGAUAAUGAUAAUGUUGAACUACGGAAGUCGUUGGCGGAGAUGAUCGAAACCAUUCGCAAGGAGCGCGCCGAGAACGCUUCAACCGCUAUCAAGGACAGCAAAUUCCACACCCAGGGCCAUGAUUCAAGCAAGAUCAUCUCCGGUCAUGCAGGCUCUGCUGAGGAUGGUGCAGUGGAGCCCAAGGCGGGCGACUCUUCAGUGGAAUGCUUUGAACCAGUCUCCAAGAACGUGGAGAUGGAUGGUGCAAGCACGGCGAUUGCACACUGGCAGCGACGCCACUACCUAGAAGAGGCCAGCCCUUAUGCAUCCAUGCUUGGAGUGGUUCUCCUCGGAGUUGGUUUGAUGGCCUAUCUCAACGGCUGGCAGAAGAUGGACAAGUGA